CAGCAGGCAAGCAAUCCUUAUGAAACUGCACUGAGUUCAGAACUUCAAACGCAAAAACAAACGGAGUUUUUACUUGAGGCAUUCCGGCUGCAACAGCGGGCAUCCGAAACAGGGCAAAAGCUGAUGGCUCUGCAAACUGAAACUGGGAAGAGUUAUGACACAGUGGCCGCAAGAAGGGCCAUGGAUUCAAGUAGGAACAACAUGAAAGAGAUCCAGAGGAAUUUGGAGAUAUGGCUGGCCAGAAUUAUUGGAGAUCUUGAAGGGAUUCUGGCAAGGGAUGGUGCUUCUGGUGUCAGAGAGUAUUACGUUUCUAGAUAUCCUUUUAUUCAAUAG